AUGAACACGUACUGGCGGUUCUCGCACCCUAUAUUUCCCGUAUUACACUGGCCAAGCUUCGUGAAAAAAUAUGAUAAUCUUUGGAGAUCUACGGACUCUCUUUCACUAUCAAAGUAUACGGGCAAUGAUAUGCUUCUACUUUCCAUAGUCAACGUUGUCUUAGCCAUUGGCUGCCAGCGAUCCGAACAUUGUCCAGCUGAAUGGAGAAAGCGAGAUGCCGAAUCAUUGUACAGGCGGUCAGUCCGCUUGGUAUCUGCCGAGACACUGGACGAGUACUCCUUUGAAGCGGCGCAAUUAUUCCUUCUGCGGGUAAUUUACCUUCAGUAUACAUCCUUUGCCUCAAGAUGCUGGAGUACGCUUGGCGUUGCACAGAGAAUUGCUUAUGGCCUUGGACUUCAUAAAGAUAUCCCUGAGCCAACAAACCAGUUAGAACGGGAAAUGAGACGUAGGGUAUGGCACAUUUCUCUUAUAAUGGAUAGCAUAGCCUCAUACACGUUCGGGUGGCCUAUAGCGACGAACAAGGCAAAUUCUGUGCCAGUUCCGCAAGCAGUCGACGACGAGUAUCUAUUAGAAGAAGGGGAAGGCCAACAGCCGGCAAAUAAGCCUUCGAGGUUAGAUUUCUUUCGAUACUAUCUCCAACUGUGUGAAGUUCCUCGCGAGAUUACAGAUAGGAUGCACGCGCUUGGACAGAGCUCGAUUGAACAGAGCUCAACUACCUCUUUAACUCAAUAUAUCAGCGAAAUGCCAAAGUAUUGUCUACAGUUGGACGAAAUGUUAGGCAAUUUGCCAAGCCAGCUUCAAGGAGUCAAUGCGCCUAUUGCCGAAGAAUGUUUCCAGGUUCAAGGCAUAGUCCUCAGAAUACGUUCUAUUUAUGUCCGACUUUCCAUUCUUCGCCCCUGUCUUCUGGCAACUGUCGCAAAUCGAACAAUACGUUCAGAGCUGUUAAGAGCUAAAAGUGGCAAUUCAAGCCUAGCUAUGGGGCUACUUAAUGAUAUCAAUAAGCUCUGCGUUUCCACAGCACGAACAGUUAUUGAGAGAGUACAUAGUAAUACCCAUCUUAUGUAUCAGGCCUCUACUUGGCAUACAUUACGAGUGACGUUUGGUUCGGCAACAGUCCUAUUAGCAGCCAGCUUACUUCCAGACUUGCACGUUGAUUUAGACCAAGAGCCAGAUAAGACUGUAUGGGAACAGACCAUUGCGAUCUUUGAACUCUACAUGUCAUACGAUAUCUCUGCACAAGGGGGUAUUCAGGCGUUACAGGAUUAUAGACAGAAAUUUGAAGCUGCUAAGAAGCGAGAAGAACCAUCAAAAAAUGAAAUUGGUCGUGCUGAGAUGCUACCAGCUUCUCAAGAGAGCAUAUUGGCUAGUCUAUCUGCGGAAAUUCCUGCGGGACUGGAUAACGUAUUUCUGGGAACUGGCGCACCGGACCCUGAUGGAGAUCUCUCGCAGGCAUUCUUUGAUUGGAAUUGGCUCGAUUUUGACAUCACAGAGGUGAUGAGACCCUAA